AAGAUCACAGCGAAUGGCACCACUGACUAUAAAAUCGGCUUCAAGGAGGCUUUUUACCAGCUCUCCUCAAUGAAUGUUUCAAGAGCAAACUGUAAUAAGAUCAUCAUGCUGUUCACUGAUGGAGGGGAGGACAGAGCUUCAGAGAUCUUUGAAGAGUACAACAGUGAAAAGAAGGUUCGAAUCUUCACCUUUUCUGUGGGCCAGCAUAACUAUGAUAAGACACCAAUUCAAUGGAUGGCUUGCAAUAACAAAGGUUAUUAUUAUGAGAUCCCCUCGAUUGGAGCCAUCAGGAUCAACACCCAGGAGUACCUGGAUGUGUUGGGUAGACCCAUGGUGAAAGAAUACAAGAAAGCAAAGAGCGUACAGUGGACCAACGUUUAUGUGGACGCUCUAGAAUUGGGCCUUGUGAUUACAGGCACUCUGCCAGUGUUCAAUAAGACCAGCACCAGGAAGAGUCAAGACAAGAAUAAGGCCCAGAGCCAGCUGAUUUUGGGGGUGAUGGCCAUAGACGUGUCUCUGGAUGACAUCAAGAGACUGACUCCACAUUACACUCUCGGACCAAAUGGAUAUUACUUCGCCAUCGACCCCAAUGGCUACGUGCUACUUCAUCCCAACCUUCAGCCAAAGGAUCUCAAGUCUCAAGAACCCGUGACAUUGGACCUCUUGGAUGCAGAACUAGAGGAUGAAGUGAAGGUGGAGAUCAGAAGUAGUAUGAUAGAGGGUCAGAAGGAUCAAAAGAGAUUCCAAACACUUAUGAAGUCUCAAGAUGAGCGUUACAUAGACAGAGGCAUCAGAGCCUACACUUGGGGUCCAGUCCAUGACACAGACUACAGUCUUGCUUUAGUUCUACCUGAUUACAGUGUCAGCUACAUCAAGGCCACUAUAGUAGACACCAUCACUCAGGCCAAAUCUUGGAAUGUCUCAGAAAAUCCCGAAGAAGCUGUUUUUGAAAGCCUGCAUGCGGACAGAUUUGAAGAGUAUGGAUAUACUUUAAUAGCACCCAGAGAUUACUGCACAGACCUGAAAGCUCAGAGUGACAACAACACACAAUUCCUCUCAGACUUCAUUGAGUACAUUGACAUCCAUACCCCCAACCACUCGCCGUGUAAUAUGGAGCUAAUAAACAGACUGCUGUUGGACGCUGGCAUCACCGCUGAACUGGCCAAACACUGGAACAAACAGGGGCAGAAUGAGAGAAUCAGGGCUAAGUUUGUGGUGACAGACGGCGGAGUCACUAGAGUCUAUCCUGCGAGUGCUGGUUCAGAAUGGACUGAACAGGCAGAAACAUACAAAUCUAGUUUCUACAAGAGAAGUCUGGACAACAACAUUUUUGUAUUUACAUCAUCGCCAUAUGCAUUCAAUGAAACUCAAGAUUCUAUUUUAGUGAGCAGAGCGAUGGACCUGAGAGUUGAUGAAUUCAUGCUGAAGCCAGCAGUGGUUGGUGUUAAACUGGAUAAACAGACUUGGAUGGAAAGCUUCAUCAACGCUACGAUUACGCCCAAAUGUGUUGGGGAAAUCUGUGGGUGCAGGAGGGACGAUAGCAAUCUGGACUGCUUUCUUCUGGAUGAUGGAGGCUUUCUUGUCAUGACCAAUAAGGACCUGUAUAUCAAUAAGAUCGGACAGUUUUUUGGGAUGAUUGACCCCAGCCUAAUGAGGAAUCUGAUAAACGAAUCCCUGUUCUCCAUCAACAUAACCUAUGACUACCAGGCCCUCUGUGAACCCACCAAAGAAACUAAAGCCGCCGCUGGUCUCAGAUCAGUCUAUGUGCCCACCAUAGCUGACAUCCUGAACAUUGGUUGGUGGGCUUCUGCAGCAGCCUGGUCAAUAUUGCAGCAGUUGUUUGUCAGCAUCACAUUUCCUAACUUCCUUGAGGCAGCGGACCUAGACGAUGACCUGUCUGAAAUGCCAUCUAAAGAGAGUUGCAUUAAAGAGCAGAAACAGUAUUUCUUUGAGAAUGAUGAGACAACUUUUAAGGGGACUAUUGAUUGUCAGAACUGCUCCAGGCAGUUCAUAGCUGAAAAGCUUCCGAAGACAAAUCUGGUGCUUAUUGUUGCCGACACAAAAGAACCGUGUUGCCAGGCUGAUGAAAGAUUUUUCUCCCAGGAAGAAAAGCCUUCUCCAGGUCCAGAUCCCUGUGAGAUAGCCCAGAACCCACGCUAUCGGAAAGGUCCGACACAGUGCUUUGAAAACAACGCAAGUGAUGAGGCCAUGUGUAGGAGAAAUGCAGGCUCUCCACUGCUUUCCUCUCUGCUCAUGUUACUGCUGCCAGUGUUCAUGUGCUGUCUCGGGAGCAGAAUGAGGAUUGCGGUGGGGCGUCAAGUCUGAGUCCAUCUAUCGUGUCCAUGGUCAUCCUCCAGCUGCCGCUGCUCUGGCUUCUGAUUGGACGAGGACACUGCCU